UGUACCUUUGUGAAGAGCAAGCUCGAGGAGGGAACAUUCCGGGGUGUUUUAUUUAGACAAGUUUCUUUCUCUGAAAAGUAAAAUAUAUCUAUGUGCGUGUGAAGAGAGUGUAUAGAUUCCAUAGUGUCUGGAUUUGAUGUGCUUGGCGUGAAGACACACAGCAGAGAUGAAGGGCGAUGGGUCAGAGUAUCUGUGCUUAAUUCUCCUGCUCCUCCAGCAGACAUCUGUCUCCAGACCAGAGAUGUUCGAGAUUCUUGUUCCAGCUGAUCCUGUUGUUGCUGAUGCUGGUGAAGAUGUUGUUCUGCCCUGUUACCUCAAACCCAGCGUCAGCGCUGAGGACAUGAGGGUGGAGUGGGUUAGACCUGACUCUGCAGAUGCACGGGUUAAUCUUUACGAGGACAGAGAGAAUAGAAAUGAGAAACAGAUCCCAUCUUACAGAGGAAGGACAGCACUGUUUCCAGAGGAGCUGAAGAAAGGCAAUGCCUCACUAAGGCUUACAGGAGUACGAGGCUCUGAUGAUGGACAGUAUAACUGUUUCAUUCAGUCUCAGGUGUGGUACGAUGAUGCCAGCUUUUUAGUGAGAGUGAGAGCUGUAGGAACUGAGCCAGUGAUCUCCAUGGAGGGAUACAGAGAAGGUGGGAUCGGCCUGCUGUGUGAAUCUAAAGGCUGGCAUCCUGAGCCUGAACUCAUCUGGCUGGACAGUGAGGGACACAGUCUCCCUGCUGGACCUACAGAGACUCUCAGAGACAGUAUGGACCUCUUCAUUGUGAGACGAAGUGUCAUUGUACAGAGGGGAGACACCAACAGAUUCACCUGUCAAGUUCUACAGAAGCUUUUCAAACAGGAAAAGGAGGCAGAGUUUCACAUCCACGCUGAGAUGUUCCAUCGUGCCCAUCCCUGGAUGGUGGCUUUCGCUGUGUUUUUCACUCUUGCUAUAAUAGGACUUGCUGUUCUAAUCUAUCGCCAUGUGAAACUGCGCAGAAAGAAAGGUCUGCUUUCCCAACAGCUAGAGUUGGAAAGGGUUCAGAGAUAUGCAGAGUUUGAAAGGACACAUCGAUAUGCAAUGUUUGAAAGUGCUUGUAGAUUUGCAGUGGAUGUGACUCUGGACCCUGAUACAGCAUAUCCCAGUCUCAGCCUGUCUAAGAAUGGAAAAGAAGUGAAACAUGGAACCACAUGGCAUGAUCUCCCUUACAACCCAAAGAGGUUUACUUCUAACCGAAAUGUCCUGGGAAAGGAGGGUUUCUCCUCAGGAAAAUUUUACUAUGAGGUGCAGGUUGGGAAGAAGACUUAUUGGACUUUAGGAGUGGCCAAAGAGUCCAUCAACAGGAAGGAGGAGAUUACACUGAGCCCUGAGAAUGGAUACUGGACUGUGGAGCUGAGGAAUGGGACUAAGUACAAGGCUUUAGCUGGCCCCCCUGUCUCCCUCCCUCUAAGUGAGAAGCCCAGGACAGUGGGGGUGUAUGUGGAUUAUGAGGGGGGUCAGGUCUCCUUUUACAAUGUGGAGGCCAGGACUCUUAUCUACUCCUUCACUGGCUACACCUUCACUGUGAAACUCUAUCCAUUAUUCAAACCUGGUUUGUACUAUGGUAAAAACUCAGCCCCACUGAUCAUCUCACCUCUCAGUCAAAAACACAAAUAAUAUGUGUGAAAUAGAAUGAUAUUAUUGUGUUAAAUAACAAGUAUAGAGUUUAUUAAAAGUGGAUGUUGUUAUUUUAAAAUAUCAGGAAGUACAAAAUGAUAAUUAAAUAUAUGCAAAUGAUAACUAAUGGAUGCAAAUGAGCUGAGAGAUUAGUUACUGAUACUACUACUGCCAAUUGAAAAAACACAUACAAGGGGGGAAAACAUAAAAAAACACUGCAGCUCUGGAAAAGAUGUUUUAUCUUGUCUCACUGUGAAACCAUUUGUCUCAUACCAGUCAGAAACAAACAGUCAAAUGGCCAGCCUGUUCCUUCCUGUUUAAAAAGCAGGCUUUUGUGUCUUUCUUUGACUCUUACUGUAUAUAUUUUUUUCCAAUAACAUUGUCCACUCUAGUUAUGGCUAACAAUUGUGAUUAAUUACCAGUUAAUCAUCACACUGUCAGUUCAUGCAUACUUUUAUUUUGACAGUUGAUUUGUCCUAAA